UGUCAUCUGUGGUUAUUUAUCUGUGAGUGAAAAACUGCGUUGUUAUGGUUGAAGAAGUCUGAGGUUUCAUCCCACGAUAUAUCUCGAAGAAUCAAUAUUUAUACUGAAAAACAAAAUUUUCGAAACUACCAGAAUGAACCAGCAGGUGGACUUAGAUUUGGUACAAUUUUGGGGUGACGAUUUGGAUAACUUCGAGGAGAUUGAAAAUCUUAUUUUGGCUUCCUUCUCUUGUCCAGUCUGUUUGAAGAAUGCCUUUCCCCCUACACCGCAAUGUAUUGAAGGACACAUAGUAUGUCGAACAUGUUUCGAGAGACUGGAAAAUUGUCCACUAUGUAGGGCAAAAAAAUGCAGCUAUGCAUCAAAUUUAAUGGCGGCUUUGUUCGAAUUCUGCAUUUUUCCAUGCAGCUUCGCUCACAACGGCUGUACCUUCAGAGGAAAGGGUAUGGUUGCUUACCGACAUGAAGCAACCUGCGAGUUCUCCUAUGUAAGAUGUCCAUUUACAAUAUGUCGCCGCUGGUUUCCAUUUAUCGGAUAUUUUUCCCACUUGACAAUCGAGCAUAACGUAGUCUACAGAGAUUCCAGUGCUGAAGCUGACCAAGUGCUAGUAUUUACGGUAGAUGGUCUGUUGGAUAUCAACAUACCAAUAAGUCAUAGAUUAUGCCUCAUCAAACACGAUGAUAAUUAUUUCAUGAUGUUGAUGCGAAAAAAGGGAGAACUUGUCUCUUGGCUAUUUUACCCAUUCCACUCUCAUAUGAGACCAGGUAAUUUCAAAGCUAAAAUAAUUAUUGGAAAAACUGAACACGAAUAUUACUUCAAUAGUGUUUUUGAAAAUUUCGACAUUAGGAAAACCCGAUCAGGCGCGUUCGAUUUGAAAAGAUUAGCUGGUUUGGAUUUCGCAGAUUUUCAUACAUUUGGUGUACGUAUAAUCCGAGUAUCAUGACCUAACUAUUGAGUUUCGGAGAGUUUUCGACAAUGAUUCAUACGAAUCACAAUUUUUUUAUGUUAGUUUGACUAGAAUUCAUAUUCACAAGUUAAUUGGUGAAUGAUUUCCAAGUGAGAAUCUCCGUUCUUUAAUAUAUAUUCUUUAUCAUAUUUUAUAUUUCAUUGUUCUGGAAUAUUGUUUGUAUACAAAGUUCGCUAGUGUUUUUAUACAAAAUGUGUAUAUAUCUAUAUUAUACAAUUAUUAUAAAAUGAAA